GGAGCCAUCACAACACAUCGAACAUUCGUCCGACAUACUCGUGUAUCGAUACUAAUUGUUAUUGUAACAGAGGUGCUAUAUCGAGUUCGAAACUUAUUCCUAAUUUGAAAAUUUGAAAUCAGUGUACGUGUUGACAAUGAUGAAGUUAAUCUUUUUGGUGAUCCUGCCAGUUGCUUGGUGUUAUGGUACGAGCGGCGGAGGAGGCUCAUUCUCAUACGUGGACUCGACAGGCAAUAGGUACGGCGGCUCAUACGGUGUGAAGGACGGCAAGGUUGUAAGCGCGACGGGAGACAUUAACCCUGAACAUUUCGCAGACACCGCCUUCCACGGUGACAACAUUGGGCCCAACUUUGGCCCCGAAUAUUUGUCCAACCUCGAGAACAUUCUCCAAGAGGUUUUCAAAACAAAUUAUGAGAAUCAGAGGCUAGCGAUUAACGCAGCUAGGAGAGCGUUCGACUUGACGUCGAAUCGGGCCCCUGCUUACUUUCCUAUUCCUCCUCCCAUCAGGUUCCCAGCCUUCAACAAUUUCCCAGGAUUCGGUUUCCCCGGGUUUGACUACGGAAUGCCGAACCCAGUCCCUGGACUUAAGAACGCUGCGUUCGCAAGUGCGGCGGCGGGCCCCGGCUUCAAUCACCAUAUUGCCUCCAUUUUCCCAGGCAAUCCGGCUAACCCCAACAUAAACAAGGUCAACCAUUAUGCUGACUCCGCGACUCCAAACCGAGCAGGGUUCGUCUCCGUCUCCAGCAACUCAUUCGCCUCAUCACAGAACGUGGACGGCAAGGAGUCCACACUGAGAGAAGCUGAGACCUACGUCAACGACAAUGGAAAGAUCACUCAUUACAAAGUCCGCAAUUAAAAAUAAGUAAAAAACAAAUAUUGUAACGCUAUUAUAAUUUCUUUUGGAAGAUAUGCGAGAAAAAGAAGAGUUCAGGUUCUAAAGCGUUAUCGGAAUUUUAAAAACGUACUCGAAGUACGAUUGUUAUUUGUUACAGAAAAUUUAUUUAAAACCAACAAGUAUUUACGUAGAAGCGUACCAAAUUAUUCCACUAAUGUUAUUGGUUAGUCGAUAUUUAAACAAAAUGUAUUAUAAGAUCAAUAAAGAGAUAAAAUGUUA